GUAGUUCCAGUUCCAAUACGUACAACACAAUUUAAAAGCAAAAAAUAGUCAUAAAAAAAAACGACGUGAAAAAACCUUCGAAUAGCAGAGGAAUAUAUGGUCAUAAUGUACAAUAUUAAGUCGCCGUUGCCAGAAAUGCUUAGUUUUGAAAAUAAUACCGAGAUGGAGAACAGCGAUGGUGCUGACAAUUUGGCAACCCAUAGUACAGUAGAACUUCGGGCCGAUGCCCCGGAAUUUGUGCCGAUCUCUAAAAUGAAACCGUCUACCAACAACGAAGAUGAUGUGGAUUUUAAUGAACUAAAGAAAAUGUUCGAGGCUCUGGAUGAAGAGAAGGCGCAGGGAAUUCCAUGGGAAGGAUUUCCCCAGAGUACCGAAAUACCGUCUAGCGGUGCCGAGGUGGUGUUAUCCAACGACGUGGACAACAUCAGUGUUUCCCUUUCUAUCAACGAGGAUAGAAGCAUGGAAAAUCCUACACAGAUAAGUGUUUUCACCACUCCUUCUUCUGUCUCUCUGGAUUCUCCACCGCCUGUGGCAAGGCGUUUAGUUUCAAAGGAAAUGCGUCGCGAACAGAAGCGAAUUAGAGCUGUGGACGCCUUAAAUUUGGCAGAACAAAGACGCAUGUGGGGUCAUUUGGUUACCUGCCCAGAACAAGGCGAUGAAAACUCUGAGCCAGCGCCCUCUCGAUCACCUAUAAGAUUUAAGCCGGAGAAGAUAGUACAAGUUGAUCGCUUUAGAGCCGCCAAAAGGGAGCAAAUCGAGAAGGCUCUUUUGGAAAUAGCCAAUGAAUUGGAGGAGCAGGAGAGGGAGAACCGUGAACCCAUCGAGCCGUGGACUCCAAAUGAAUCAGAACAGUCAGCCACCAUGAUGGAGCAGCCCAAGAAAAUGACCAAAAUGGAAGAUCAGCCAGCUGAAGCUUGGAAAACCAACCAGGAAACCAACAGCAUGUCCUUGUCAUCCCCUGUCGAUGGGGAGAAACGCACCGGAGACCUCACUUGUUUCCAACAGAUGAACAACCAAAACCCUUUCAAUGAUAAAAUCGUACAGCGUUAUAGUAUUAAACAAUUGCUGGACCUCAAAUCGCAAUCUGAAGAACUUAAAGAUCCCAAUGUCAUUCAGAUCCUCAAGCAAUUUGGACUUCUGUCCCAUUAAAUCUAAUUCCAUUUUGUU